AUUACAAAGUGGUAAUUAAAUUUGGACUGAAAUUUGAAAUGUAAGAUAAUUGAGUAAUAUGUGUGUCUCUUGAGGACUAUUACAUUUAAGAAUCCAAGCAAACUAAGCUUUCUAUGUACUUUCAUAAUGACUCAAUUUAAAAUUUAGAGAGCUUAAUGUAUUGACUUUUUGGACUGCAGAAUUCAUAUGUAUAAUUGACAGUUUUAUUUACAUACAUGAGUAAAACACUUAAGAAAUACAUUUUGUAUUGGGUAGCUCCUAUCACGGUUCUUUUUUUUUUUUACUGAGUAUUACUUGUUCACCUUAGUUCUCUGCUCCAGCUUAAAAUUGUGUGAAAACUCUGGUGAAAUACAUAUCUGAUUUAUAUUUUAUGGUUUCAGAAUUUGCCUCCUUGGAUAACACUACCUUAGAUUGGCAAGUGGCUUACUACAUCUCUUCUUCAAAACUUCAAAAUAACAUCAGUGGUUCCAUGUCAGAGUUUCAGAGCUCGUGGGAAUUAUUUCAGCAGGGUAUCCCAAAUGAUCUGGAUGUCGAAAUGGAGCCCAUGGCCCCUUGUCCAUCCUUUACUGAUGCAGCCAAUGACUUUGACAGGAACAUUCCCCGCAUCUGUGGUGUCUGUGGAGAUAAAGCUACCGGCUUUCAUUUUAACGCUAUGACCUGUGAAGGCUGCAAAGGAUUUUUUAGGAGGAGCAUGAAAAGAAAAGCAAUGUUCACAUGUCCAUUCAAUGGUGACUGUAAAAUUACCAAAGAUAACCGGCGGCACUGCCAAGCUUGCCGGCUGAAGCGUUGCAUUGACAUAGGAAUGAUGAAAGAGUUUAUUCUGACCGAUGAAGAGGUUCAGAGGAAAAGAGAGAUGAUAAUGAAGAGGAAGGAGGAGGAAGCUCAUAAGGAAAGCCUAAAGCCCAAAUUGCAGGAGGAACAACAGCGAGUCAUUGAAAUUCUUCUUGAAGCCCACCGCAAAACUUACGAUCCCACUUAUUCAGAUUUCACUCAGUUCCGGCCUCCUGUAAGGCAAGAUUCAAGCCAAGACCAUACAAGUAGUUCUUCCUCUAUCAUGACACCAGGUUUUUCCUUCUCAGAUGAUUCUUCAGAUGCUUCCAGCUUCUCUUCAGAGCCGAAGAUGCUUUCCAGUCUGGAGUUGAGCGAUGACAGCACAUCCAUGUCCCUUGACUUCUCCCGCCUCUCCAUGUUGCCUCACCUUGCGGAUCUUGUUAGCUACAGCAUCCAGAAAGUCAUUGGAUUUGCUAAAAUGAUUCCAGGGUUCAGAAAUCUAACAGCAGAGGACCAGAUUGCUCUCCUGAAAUCCAGUGCCAUUGAAGUAAUAAUGCUCCGUUCCAAUCAGUCAUUUUCACUGGAGGAUAUGUCCUGGACUUGUGGCAGCAAUGACUUCAAAUACAAAAUCAGCGAUGUCACUCAAGCUGGCCACAACCUAGACUUACUGGAGCCCCUCGUUAAAUUUCAGAUUAGUCUGAAGAAACUGGACCUGCAUGAAGAAGAACAUGUGCUCCUUAUGGCCAUCUGCAUCCUUUCUCCUGACCGCCCUGGCGUUCAGGACACAGCUCUGGUGGAGUCCAUCCAGGACCAUCUUUCGCAAAUCCUGCAGACCUAUAUUCUUUGCCGACACCCCGCUCCGGGCAACCACUUGCUCUAUCCCAAGAUGAUCCAGAAACUCGCAGACUUGAGAAGCCUGAACGAGGAGCAUUCCAAGCAAUAUCGCUACCUCUCCUUCCUACCCGAACAUAGCAUGCAGCUCACUCCACUGGUUCUUGAAGUCUUCGGCAAUGAAAUCUCCUGAGUGGCCAUUGAGGAAAAAACACAUGGAAGUCAAGAGUGAGAGUCAGCCCAGCUUUCCACUGGCAACAGACUGAAAGUUUUAUCCCACAUGAAGUUGUGUAUAUUCUAUCAGUGAGAAUUUGAUUUCUUCCUUUUCCCCCUAUGCUACGUGAAGAGCCACACUCUUGAUACAUCCCCAGUCUCUUUCUUGGCCUUGCUGCUGAGCAGCAACUUAACUCCCCCCACCCCAGCUGCCCUUCAAAAUUGAACGGCUUUCUCUGUUGCUACUUUGCAGCGAUGAAACAAAGUAUUGGUUUUCAAGCCUCUGUAGUGUGGGAAUAGGAAGAUACUGAUUGUGCAAGAGCACCCACCAAGAAUGGGUGGAAUUUAGGGUUUCAGAGAAAAUGGAACCUCGGUAUUCUCCUUACUAUACUCUAUUAAAAGCUUUCAGUCCUGUAUAAUUGUAAUACACAGAAAUAACAAAAUGCCCAUUUUUAUUUAAAAUGUGCACUUCUUCCUAUAAUUUCCUGCCAAAUACCAAGAUGCUUCAGCAGCAGCAACAACAAAAUGUAUUUAUUAGCCAAAUGAGGAAUAGAAGAGAGAUUCAUCAGAAUAAAUAACCAUCUUCUUGGGGUUUUUUUUAAUACUAUUUGUCAAGUGCAUAGAAAUGUGCCAGCACAUUUUUAGCCCUAAAUGAUCUAUAAUAGGAAAUGGAAGAUUUUGGAACUAAUCAUACACUCCUCAGUGGGGAAUAUGGGGGUGUUCUUAAUAACCAGGUUCCUCCAGGAUCUCUGCACUAUUAAAAGCGUGGCCGUGUUUGCCUCUUCCAGCCUUGCACAGUGUCUGACGCUACUAAGUACCAACAGUUGAUGAGGAAUAAUCCAAUAGUAUAGUACUGACUUUUAAUCUAUCCAAGAAUGUUCAGUUUGUUCAGAAAAAUGGUUUGGCAUCACUUUUUAGCAGGUGUGGAAAGGAUCCCUAUGGUCAGAUUAAAUCAUGUACAAACCCACCUUAAUUAUCAGAGAAUAAGCAAUUUUCAGUUGUUUCCAUGUUGGGGCUAUAAUGUUUGCGUCAGUUCUUAGUAAUCCUUGGGAGGCUGAAACUAAUUUGUUUUUGAUACUGGUAAAACAUUUACUCUUAAGUUUGACAACCUCUGGGCUACAUGAUCUCUAGAAAAAUUAAGCACGUAUGAGCCAUUUGUUGAUAAGGAAAAGAACUUGUCAUCAGUAAUGUCUUCACCAAGAAUCUGUGUGGUUUGAGUAGUUUUUUGCUGCAUUGGUCCCAGAUAAUAUGAAAUAACACUUGGACCAAUUUCUCUUUGAUGAAGGAGUCUACAAGCAUUUGAAUGAGAGAUUUAUUAAGACUGCACAAUUAAAAGAUAAGUUAAUUGUCAGUUUGAAAGAGCAAACAUGAUUAUGGAUGAAUGUUCUCCUGCUGUCACUUAGAUGGAGGCCUGUUCAUAAAAUAUAUAUUGCUUAUUUCAAAGACAUGUUGAACAUUCAGCAUUGAGUAGUUCUAUUUGGUUUUAAAUCUUGGUGAUAACAGCAGUUUGCACACCAUACAUCUCUACAUAUUUUAAUGUAUUAGGUAAAAUAAAGUAAUUAUAUUACAUGGAUAGGAACAGAUUAGAUAAGCAUUUUUUUUUAGAUUGUGCUGGUUAGAUUUUACAGAUGAUGAUAGAAGGUGGAGAUGGACAUUGAAAUCUCCCCUUUGCUCACUAGGUGUCAGUAGGGUAAUAGAGUAGACAGUAAUUCUUGUGAAAGUGCCUUGAGUUUGCUGCAAAGCAAUUUAUCUUUUUCCAGAAUGAUUAGAUUGUUUUACUCUGAAAUUAACCUAAAUUACUGGGAUUGGAAGGCUUCAUCAAAGCCUUAACUUCCUUCUGUACUUCUCUGAGAGUUGGCACAAAGGCAGCCCACCCACAUGGAACAAGUCCCUGUGGUUGGAUGUGUGUGAGCACAUGUGCGUGGGUGCCCCUCGUCCAUCAAUAGGACAGCUAGCUCCCUUUCCAUGGACACAUUAUUAAAGCUCAAACUUUUGCAACCCAGAAAGGAAAGAUACAUUGAAUUUCUCAUUAUAUAAACAAACAACUUGUAAUAUCUCCUUUUCAAAACUUUGCCCUUUCAAUUGCAGAAGCACAUCAUCGCUUCAGUGAACCCUCCUUAGCUUUAGUCAUUUGAAUGGGCUUUUUUAGGACACUCUUAUCAACAUUUGUACUACGUCUCAGCAUCUUAGCUGAUAAAUAAUUUUAAAGAUAGGAUGGGUUUGUGUCUACCAGAUGCUUGAGUCAAGAACACUUGACCUUUAAAAACUGAAAUCACAUCUGCAAAUACAUGGUAGAGAUGCAGAAUGGAGUUGUGGCAAAUUUGAGUUCCUUGGUGGUAUCAAGUAUUGAAAGAGACCCAACCAUUUAGAAGAAAAACAUUCAGGUAUUCAACACCGAAUGCACUAUAUAGACAUUGCUAACUUGUCUGCUAUUUAAAAUGCUGCUAGAGCAUAAGCAUGCUAAUUUGCAAUCUGGUAUGUGUGUGUAUGUAUCUUUACCAUUAGACAUUUUUGCCAUUUUUUCAUGGUUAGAACAAUAACAAGGUCUUAUAGGAGCUGCGGUCAUGGAUAUAAGAUUUGGAAUCCAUAUAUCCCAUAUCAGGAAAUAAUCUCCAAGCCCGAAAGGAUAAAUGAGGGUGGUGGUGGUAGUGGUCUAGUAGUUAAAGCUUUUCUGCCUAGGAGAGGAGUGGAACUAAUUAGCCUCCCAAAUCCUGUGCACUCAACUGAAUACAGCAAUGUUUUAACGUCAUGCUCGUUACAAGCCUGUCAAGUUACUAAGAUGAACCAGGCCUAGGCUAUCGAAUGUAAAAAUGAUUCUUAAUUCUAUUGUAAAUCUUUUUCAAAAUCUCUGGUGUAUUUUCCCCCCCAUUUCCUUUAUUUGUGAGAAUGGAGAGUGGAGGGAGAAGAACAAUAGUUCUGUUUUGUUUGGUUAUCUGUUCGAAGCCACGCGGAUAGAGCUGAUUCUAAACCUAAAUAAAUGGAUUUGUCACUGCAGUCGCUAAGAGAAUAAAGUUUGCCAUUGUAUUUUCUAAAUACUUGGGGAAGUAUCUUGGCUGCCCGGCCUUUAUGUUAAAUCCAUUAAUAAGGCCUACGCUGAACAAUUUGCAGCAGUUUGCGGCAUAAUUGUAUAAAUAGCUAUUUGAUAUAGGCUGAAAAUAUUCCAUGUGAAUUGGUUUUAGCGGCUUUAAGAACAAUGACGUUUGAAUCAGAGCUGCUCUUUCUGAAAGAUGCUAGGCUGCUGCUGCCACCUCUGCGUGUAAAAGCCAAACCUGUACAGUUAGAGAGGGGUAGCUACACAAUGUGGAACACAAAUCAUUUCUUUUUUGUUGCCUUGUGUAAGAAAUUGUCAUGCACUUUAUAAAAAUCAAAUACAAUGAUUUAAAGAGACAAAUCUAUAUUUUAAUUAUACAGUAGUGGUGGUGGUAAUGAUGAUGAUGGAAACUUAGAGAUGAAUGCUAUCUUUUUAUUCCUCUGUACAUCUUUUGGCUUUUUUUCUAACAGAUAAAGGUCUGAUAUUUAAAUAUAAUAUUCCAGAGCUUUAAUAAUAAAGAAUGAUUGAAUAGGGUUUUUUGCAGUUUUAAGUGUAAUGCUCGGUUAUCUUAUUAAUAAAAAAAAUGGGGG